CGGUGUUCUGCAAACGUAAGAGCUACAGGUACGCUCCGUGUUUUAGUUGAUGUGUCGUUCUGCGGUCUAUUAAUGUUGACGUGUUAACGUUUAUCUACUCGGUCCGUGUAUUGUCGGAAAAUUAUUUUCCUUCUAAGUUAUCAGUAGAACGUUAUGUUUUGUUUAGAUCAAUACCAGUGAGCGUCAAAACGUCAAAACGUUCUCGAAAGUAGUGCUCCUAAUCAAUAUUUAACAUCUAAACAGCACAGACACAAGAACAAAAAAUGAAUUUUUUGUCAAAAACCAAGGUGUUGGUGUCGACGGUUGGUGUGAGAACUAAUAGCAGCCGGCACGUGGUAUCGCCGCUGCACGCCGCGGGCCGGUCUGGUGGAGCGCCGUGCGACGGCACCGCCCGCCGUGGAUUCGUUGUAUGAAAGUGUCGAGCAGCAGUGGCAGAGUUUGUGGAGGCGGAGGCGGUGUUUACGACAGCGGCGGUGGAGACGGCAACGACGCUGGAAGCCGCGGUGACGGCGGCGGUGGCGGCGGCGGCGGUGGUGGUGCGCCCAUCAAUAGCAGCAGCCCCCCGUGCAGUGACAGCGGUGACGGUGGUGUUGAUAGCGUUCGUGGUGGCGACGGGGGCCUGGUAGCUGGCGUGCUGGUCAGCGACCAGGGCGAAGUAAUCAGCGACCGGUAUGUGGGCGUGGCGAGAAGACAAUUUGCAUCGCGGCAAGCGUCCGAGCGCGGCUCGACCAAGGCCGACCAAAGCGACAGCAGUGACGACGAGACCACGCUUAGGCAAAUGCUUGUGAGGUAAGCUAGGUACCAUCAUAGUUGCAU